AUUAGAGAGGAGUGGAAACAGCCUUGCCUGCCCAAUGAGAAUGGGAGUUAUAAAAGAUUAGCUGGCUAUCAGUAAGUUGGAGUUUGAGACCUGGAGUUUGCUGCAGUUUGCGAUGGAGUCUGCUGGCUGAGCUGUGAGGAGGAAGGGACAUGCAGUAGUGCAAGGCACAGACAAGUCAGGUCAAAUUCGAUACCAGAAAAAAAGACCAGCAGCCACUGAGUGGGGAUGAUCUAGGAACCAUCAGAGUGGAAAAAACCCCAGCUCACUGAAAACCAUCUUGCAGAGAGGAAGAGGAUGAAUGACAAAGGAAACCCCAAGCAGCAGUACCAAGAAGGCAAACCCCAGCCCUCGCGCAGAGGCUGUGAAGGCAGAGGAAGCCGGCAGGUGGACUCCAAAAGCCCUCGAGGGAGGUGAAGCCUCUUCCUGUGGCGGCCACACGCCAGCACAGCCUGUGGAGGAGCUUCUUCUCAUCAUCUUCUUCUUUUUCUUCUUCUCUGCCAUCCCCAGCGCUGACCGGCCCGGCAGGAUGAAGUGGAGGAGGAUCGCCAUCCUCGCCACCCUGCAGGCUCAGCUCCCAGCCACAGAUGCUGCAUCUGUUCUUGGCCUCACAGAUCCCAGGCUCUGCUAUGUGCUGGACGGAUUCCUCUUCAUUUAUGCAGUGGUCAUGACAGCCCUUUUUGUGAAGGCAAAGCUCAGCCAGGCCUCUGAACCACAGCUGCAACCAGGCCAGGACGACGUGUACAAUAAGCUCUCCCGCGCGCCCAGAGACGAUUACGACGUUCUGGGAGGAAAGCGAGGAGCAGACCCCGAGCUGGGCGGGAGACACCAGCAGAGGAGAAAGAACCCUCAGGACACUGUCUACACUUCACUGCAGAAGGACAAGAUGGGUGAGGCAUACAGUGAGAUUGGAAUGAAGGGAGAGCAGCAGAGACGGCGAGGCAAAGGGCAUGAAGGUCUCUACCAGGGGCUCAGUGCAGCAACCAAGGACACUUAUGAUGCUCUCCAGAUGCAGCCUUUGCCCCCCCGCUAAGAGGGAGCCUCAGAGGGGAUGGGCAGGAGUGAGAGAUGCCCACCUGCCUUGGGGAGGAGAGGGGGGAAAGCCUUUUUCAUCCACCACAAGCACUGUGUGUUUUCUGUGUGCAAGAAUCUCCUUGGGUUGGUGCAUAGAAUCUGGACCUGGCCCUUUCCUUCUCCCUCUCCUCCCGAAUCAUGUAACUGCUUCUGCUAUUAGAAUGUACAUAUCUGUAAAGUUGUUUCCAAUUAUAGUGGGUAUUAGGCUGAUUUUUUUUGGUAAGGUUUAUUAUUAUGGCUUUAUUGCAUUUAAACAAUUUGCAAAGAUAGGACUGUAUUUACUUCCUGUAGUAUUUAUCUUAGGACUAUUUCACCCUUUUUGCUUUAAAUUUAUCUUUAAAAAACUGCUUCAGUGGAGGGCAACUUUUUUCUUUAAUUAUAAAGAGUGACAUGAUUUUACAGUGAAGCAGAGGCUGAAUGCCAGCUUUCCAGUAGGAAGAAAAUGAGCACAAAUAUCAAAAAAAAAUCAAGCAGUGGCACUGCCAUUCCUCCAUAAAUAUGUGACAAGUAAGCUGAGAGACUUCUCUGAAAGCAGAAAAACAAAGAAAAAAAGAAGAUGGGUUCCCCUAUUAUCAAUCCUGACAACAAACUGUACAAAAGCCAACAUAAAUGCAGUUUCCAAACCAGUCUCUCAGGAGGCUGCUUCCAAAAGGUGCAGUUAUCAUUGCAAAGAGGUACCAGCUCAAAAAUGUCAUGUGUUUUUGAUGAAUUAAUAAAACAGAGUCGAGUGUGUGUGUAGGGAGCAGCAGUGGGAAUGGCAUGAGCUCCUUACCUGAGGCAUUCAGACUGUCUGAGCCAGCCUGCAGCACCAUCUCCCAGGGAAGCUGAGGAGGACAGGAUUCCAACAGAAGCUCCUACAAACAUCCCAGAGGCUGGGAUGGGCUGUUGGGAAAAUGCCCCAAACCCAGGUAUCAAAGGAACACUCACCUCCUGCUGCUGCAGCCUCAGUUUUGCCUCACAAGGCUGCACAGUGAAGCCUGGAGGAAUUCAGCAAGAACAAAUCCAGCCCAGCAAACUCAGGAGUGUUUCACCUCGACUCAGGAGCUGACCAGGCCAUCUCACCAGUCCUCACAGAAGAAGCAGAGCUAAAGUAAGGCUGUGGGAAUAAGAGCUGCUGUUCUUGGGCACUGCCCAGAUGAGGUUAUGUCUUCUUUCCAGGGACUGGGUGGGUUAGCAGCAGAAAAACUUGUAGAAAUGGGUGCUAUGCAAGUUCCAAGGCAGUUUUACUUCUUUAGCAGUAAAACUGUACAUGCAGUAGGUGCUUGUAGCUUUUA